AUGCGGUUUGGUAUCAUUUGUUAUUGUGUUACUUGCCAGCACUGUAUUAUUUUCGUUAAAUGCGUUCUAACGUGGUGUUUGGUGCUCCGGUGCAUUACUGCAUUAUGCGUUCCUUCUUUUUGUUCGUGUAAACUUUGUUUCUUGAUAAAGUGAAGUGAUCAAUGAUGUUAGAACUAUUUUUUGUCAUCGCUACAUAUGCUGCAAUUAUUACUUGAUAACGUUUUAAUAAUAUAAUUAUAAAGUAUACUGUAAAAUAUCGUGAAUGAUUUGAAGUAACCGCGACUGUUGAAUGAUUGGUUUCGUCAUCGUUUCGUGAUAACGUUUUUGUGAAGUAGUGAAUAUAAAAACUGUUCUGGUGGUGCUCUUGAAGAAACGAUUGGUUUCAUCGUACGUAUGUGCGAAUUCGUUUUUGAAGAAAGCUAAAAAUAGAGAUUGAUCGCGCGGUGUGUUUCGAAGAAUCCAGCGGUGUGCUUUGAAAUUGACCAGAGUCAAGAACCAAAAAUGGCUGAAAUACCAUCCGACCAGGACCACGUCUACGAUGCUACUCAAUCUACCCUUGUAACCUUGAAAGAAUUGUCAGCGAUCGCCGUUGCUCUGAAAAUAUGGCACUGCGAAAUAAAUAAAUAUCGAACGAAUGACGAAUUGGAAAAAUUCAGUCCAGAAAAACUACGAAUUUCAUUAAAAGUAAAAAAUCCUGAUUUACCAACCGUGAUCGAUACCAUGAUCAGAAAAUAUGCUGCAGAAUUAGGACUCUCAAUAGAUACGUGGCUGAAAGAGCAUCACAAAAGAGUACUACUUUUCCAUUACGGUCAUCCAAACUAUGUUUUGGAAGAUUUCGAUGACUUCGUAUGCGAUUACGAAGGCGAUAUUGAUUAUACUAAGACAGCCGAACGUAUGAUGCGUUGCGAUAAAUUUGGCCAAGUCGAGAAAUUUAAAAUAUCUUGUACAUAUUUUUUCGAAGACGAUAUUAGACGAAUUUGGCCGUCUAUACGCAAAAAGAUAGGCUUGAAUUGUAUUAAUUUUGGAGAUUGUCCCGAAUUGUAUUAUUGGAUUUGCUGCCUUACAAAUGAAUUAAAUAAGAUACCAAUCACCGAAGGCGGGGGAAAUACUAAUGUCGAUGAAGAAAUACUAGACCAUUGCAUGCCUCACAAUAGAUCAUCUGUAGAAUAUUUUUGGAAUCGUGUACCUUACCAAAAUCAAGUUGAAAAAGCUAUGCGACUUCUUAGGCGUGAAAAUUUGGUGAAUCUUUUUAAAUUCAUUUUACCGAAAUUCGAUGACCGUCAGCUUGAUGAAUUUGUCAAUAUGCAUGGAGGUUGGUGUCUGAUGCAACAUCUGUUACGAGUAGAACGCCGUUGUGUUAAUGAAAAAUUGAUAGGUCAAGCUUGGAUGCGCUUAAGAAACAUCAUCAACGUGAAUAAUUUCAGCGAACUAGUCGCGGAUAUGUUUGUAUUUUAUGAGCGGCGAGUGAUGUAUGAUAAUCAAUAUUCUGAGAAUUGGGUUUAUCUAUGUCGUGAAAUAUGGAACAGUGCUCCGCAUGGUUUGAGGCGAUCGGCAGUUGAGGAAAUAUCAUCCAUAUUCUGUAAUGCAAUUCGGCGUGGUUUUUUAUUUUCUUUCGAGGCCUUAUUGACUGCGCUUACGUGCGCAACUUUCGAGGAGAGAACCUUAUUCUGGGAGAGGUGCUGGCGUGAUUUGAUCGAACGCAAAAAUACCAAAGAAUUGCAGCAAAUAAUGGAAACGUGUUUCGAAAACGGCGAUGCAAUUAUUCGAUACAAAGAGGACGUUAUGGCACCUUGUCAAUAUGUACAGCGUCACUGCGGCUGGUUAUUGCGUAAGCCGGAUUUUGACGAAUUGAAUGAUUUUGUGAAUUUUUGCUAUCCCAACGAAGAUGCAGCGAGACUUUUCAAACAGAAAUUUAUAAAGUCGAAUUUCCUCCGUAAAAACCGUGUUUUUCGAGAAACGUAUUUUGGUCAAGCAACACAAUUCAACAAGUUCAUCAACGAUGCUUAUAACAACACAACUCUCGCAACAAAUUUUAAAAAUAAUCUGUUGUCUCUGCCUGUGAUUCGACGUUUUACACCUAAAUGGAGGGGUCUUUGUAGUCAAAUCUCAUGGUCCGAGCAGUUAACUGGAUUCAUGGAAUUUAUCGAAACGUUUGCUUCAACCGAACCACACCUGAAAAGGAUAAAAAUGCUGGUAAUUGAUCAUUGGAAGGAAAAUGGAUUUAUUGUUGAUUACGCCAGUUAUUUUACUCGCAAAUGUUCUCGUUCCCUUGAUCAGUUUUUGUUGUGGUGUUUGGGAAGCGAUGAAGAAGCUGGAAAAUUUAAGCAAGCCUAUACUCUACGCUGGUAUUCGAGAAUUGAUGCUCGGUACUUCGAGAAUAGAUGGGUCGCUGGCUUUCAUGAUUUUUUGUUGUGGUGUUUGGGAAGUAAAGAAGAAGUUGCAAAAUUCAAGCAAGCCCGUACCACAGAUCACUAGGGCUUAGUAUCGAUGUCGAACAUUCUUAGGUAUUUGGAUUGAUUAAACUAACAUGAAAAAGUUAUUGUAAGAUGCAGCGAGACUUUUCAAACAGAAAUUUAUAAAGUCGAAUUUCCUCCGUAAAAACCGUGUUUUUCGAGAAACGUAUUUUGGUCAAGCAACACAAUUCAACAAGUUCAUCAACGAUGCUUAUAACAACACAACUCUCGCAACAAAUUUUAAAAAUAAUCUGUUGUCUCUGCCUGUGAUUCGACGUUUUACACCUAAAUGGAGGGGUCUUUGUAGUCAAAUCUCAUGGUCCGAGCAGUUAACUGGAUUCAUGGAAUUUAUCGAAACGUUUGCUUCAACCGAACCACACCUGAAAAGGAUAAAAAUGCUGGUAAUUGAUCAUUGGAAGGAAAAUGGAUUUAUUGUUGAUUACGCCAGUUAUUUUACUCGCAAAUGUUCUCGUUCCCUUGAUCAGUUUUUGUUGUGGUGUUUGGGAAGCGAUGAAGAAGCUGGAAAAUUUAAGCAAGCCUAUACUCUACGCUGGUAUUCGAGAAUUGAUGCUCGGUACUUCGAGAAUAGAUGGGUCGCUGGCUUUCAUGAUUUUUUGUUGUGGUGUUUGGGAAGUAAAGAAGAAGUUGCAAAAUUCAAGCAAGCCCGUACCACAGAUCACUAGGGCUUAGUAUCGAUGUCGAACAUUCUUAGGUAUUUGGAUUGAUUAAACUAACAUGAAAAAGUUAUUGUUCUUAGAUUCUUAUUUUUAAUGUUUUAUGAUCCCUUUGAAUAAUAUUAAAAUAUUAUAAUUAUACCUAAUGAUGAAUUCCUAUCAUUGUUGAUCGCUAUGGUGUUAUUCGUAUGUACCUAACCUACUUGAGUAAAGUUAAUUUAAUACA